CAUGUUCAGUUCACCUACAACCACGAUGAAAGCAGUGUCGCAAAGCCUACUUUCCUCCACCAAUCUUUCUAUUUCUUGCUAUAAUCGAUUAGUGUGUGAAGAGCACAAUCGCAAGACUAUACCUUCGUGAUUUUAAGUGUAAAUUUAGUUCUUUUCAAAUUUUAAUAUUCUGUGAAAAUGCCGCGUGAAGGGAAAGGAAAGAGAAACGGGCGCAAAAGCGCUCCAGCUGUUCGGAAAGUGCAACCUGAGGAGGAGGAAGAAAGUGACAACAGUGAUGAGGUCACUGUAACAUCAUCUAUGAACUCUGAUGAAGAAGAGGAACAAAUUUCAUCCGUGGAGAAGUUUGGGCUGAUGGUGCGUCAAGGCAUUGAAUAUGCUCAAGAGAAAAGUGCUCUGCAGCGAGUAAAGGGUCUUACACAGCUCAGACAAAUACUUCAAACAAGGGCGGCCGAAGAUUGUGAGCUGGACAAUCUUCAUGUGACAAUUUGUGACUGCAUUGAACGUUGCCUCAAGAGAGGGGCUGGCAAUGCUGAGAAAGUUGCUGCAGUUCGUCUUGCAUCCAUGCUGAUGAUAACCUCCCUCAACCUCACAGACGGCCUCUCUGAUGAGAUCUACCUGGUGCUACAACCACCACUGCUGAGCAUCUGUCAAGAUCCCACUGUGGCAUUCGCUGUUAGAGAGGAAGCCUGCAAAGCUGCUGCUAUGCUUGCUUAUUUUGGGGCAGUGGAGUACACACAUCUGCAAGACACCCUGAAUUCCCUUCACAAUGUCUUCUCCAAGGCAUUGCCCAAAGGUAAUGGGGAGCUCCCGAACCUGCAAGCUCCUUGCCUCUUGAUGCAUUCGGCCGCCCUGCAAGGCUUCGUGCUGCUUCUGACGCUGGCGCACAAGGAAGACGUGUUAACCAGGACUCCAUCAUUGUUGGCCGAGCUCACGUCUGUGCUAGAGACCCGAGAUCUGGAGAUGAGAACUGAAGCUGGCGUUGGCGUUGCUAUGCUCUUCGAGUUGGCGCGAGAAUCGCCGGCGUUUGGCUUCAAGCGUGUCAAUGAGUUGCUGAAUGUUCUCAAUGAGUUGGCCACUGACUCUCAGAAGCAUCGUAGCAAGAAGGAACGCAAGACACAACGUGCUGUGUUCCGCACUAUUGUCACCUCCAUUGAAGAAGAGUCGCGACCUGCUGAGGCAGUUUACCUGGCACACAAGCGAGCUAAGGACACCAUUGAGAUCGACUCCUGGGCUGUCAAGUGCCGUUUUGAUGCCGUGCUGCACGCUCUCGAGGGCGGCCUUAACGUCCACUUCAUCCACAAUCAGGGCCUUCGCUCAAGCUUUGGUCUGGACGCCUGCCCUGCAGUGAUGGAGCAAGAGUGUAAGGACGAGCGUAAGAACCGGCGUCGCCUUGCAGAACUCAUGAGCAAAGAAAGGAAUUUGCUACGCAACAAAUGCAGAGAUAAUCGAGCUAUCGCCGUUACCUACGAUGACUGAAUUUGCUCCUCUAUUUUCCUCUUCCUUAAUGAUACACCUUAGGUUGCACUCUUCCGACCUGUUAUUCUUGUGAUCGUUGGUAUUGCCUUCCUGUCGUUAUUUUGCUUACUUGAAGUUGUCUUACUACGCUUUUGUAAAUACUUAAAUGCUGUAGAUUAGCUUUAUUGGUGUCUGUUUAGCGUCAAAUUUAUGGCCUUUAAUUUGCAAUUUAGUCAUGGACUUGGUAAUGCAGGCUUGUGUUACCUAACCAUCAACCACAUGAUAAUUGUACCGUAGCUCAACCUGUUCGCCCUAAGCUAUUCAGGAAUUUAAAUUUGGUGGAGGCUAAUCGUUAAAAUAGUGUGCAUUAUCUAUGCAUUGAUUGUAUCCAACUAUUUUGUCUCAAUUUUUGUGUUUCAAUGUGACCUGAAAAUGACAACUUUGAAAUUUAAGUGACAUCAAAACUGGCACGUAACUUAUUUUAAUAUGACAGUGGUAUUAUUCCUGAAUUAAUUACCAACUUCCAUGGAUAACUUAAAAUACUUACUCAGAAAUUAAAGUUUCUUAUCUUGCUUGUUGAGUAUAGUACUAGUUGCUUGUAUUUGCAUUUCUUGGGUUUUAGUUGCGUUUACAAGUUAUUCUAAAUCAUUGACGUAAGGAUUAUAUAAUUUGCUUAAAGUGAAGAAACGUGGCUUCGUAUGUAACGUUUAUGUGGCGAAAAAUUUAUUCGGUGUGUGUGUGUGCUUGUGAAAAAUAAUUUCAGUGUCGGUAAAAUCGUUUCUUUCUUAUCACUUGCCGGAUAAAAUUUAGGGUUUUAAUCUUGCAGCUUUGCAAUUUCGUAGUAGAGAAGUUGCGCUGUGUGAUUUUAACAACAAAUUUUAUAACUUAUUCUGAACCUCACUAUCUGUGAUAUACCAUUUUUCAAAUCUCUAUUUUAUGGGCAAUCUCAUAUGCUGCACUAUUUGCAGUAUCAAACGAAGUCCAGAUGCAACAUGCUUGCUUGAGGCCAAAGCGCGGCUUCCGUGUUUUAUCGUCUUCUCGCUUUCUGGGCUACGUUUCUGUUCUGCCUUUUUAUUCGUAAUAUUGGAUUCUUCUUGCGAACGUUUCUUGUUACUUGGGUGUGUCAUCUCAUCCGUGUAAUAGCUUUGCCCGUGUGUAAAUCUGGUUUUUGGUACUUCUUUCGAAUGAACUACCCUUACAUGUACAGAGAGUAUGGUUUUGGUAGGCUAAGGAUGCUCGGAAAAUCUAUAGUUUUUAUGCGAAAUUCGAGUUAUACCACAAAUAUGUUGUGUACCAGGUCGCUCAUUGUCUCAACUGAUGAUCAUCUUCUAGCGCAUUCAGUACUAUUGAAUUGUUCCUUGCGAUUCAUUUGGAAUCUUUCUUAUUCCCCCGUUGCCAUCGUUCCUAUCAACAGCACUGAAGGGCCUGAAUCUUCAUGCAAAACCUUCUUGCAUCAGAUUGCUCAUUACACGUAUUCACUCGACACUUUUCAUCUUGGGUGAUAGGUAUUUUUGUCCCUUUGCACAAAGGCUCCAUGGUAACGUAUUUCCUCUUUCUAUUGUUGCGACCACCGUAACAAUACAACAAUAUACCUACUCACAAAUUUCUUGCUCACUAAUUGCUUCAUUCGUUGUUCUAGUCUUGUUUUGUUAGUGAAAUUGAAUUUCAAUUGUAUAUCACUAAUUCUAUAAAUAAUUGUUCUAUCGUUCAGUGCUUUGUAGUACACAUUCAAGUGCUGGAAUGCGACGUUUGUUUUUAGAAUGCCGAUUUUAAGCUUUCAAGCGGUCGAGAAUCCUUAUUCACGUCAUGGACGUAGAAAUUACUGGACACCAUAUUUCUGCUGAAAAAUUACAGUACAUUUUUUUCAGAAAUUCGAGAAAAUUUGGUUUGUCACGCGCAUCCGCUCGUGCUGGUCGCUGGUAAGGCGUGCGCUCGUUUCUACGUCCGUGUUCAGUAUUUUGUCUCAAUUUAGGUACAGUUUAUCAUGUUGUGUUGGUUUUCUAUAGCACGUUUGAGCAUAUCAUAUUGCCACAUAUAUUGUAAAAGCUGAAAGGCAUCAUUUACGUUUGGGAGUUGUAGUUUCUAUUGUAGUUGCUUGUGAACAUUCACUUGAGUAUAAAUUUGUGCGUGAUCUAUUGAAUUUGACAAUUCAAUAGUUUCCGCAGUUGAAUUUAGAGAUUAGAAAUAAAUUCAGUCUAAUACUUAUCGUUGAAUUGCGCGUUUGCAACGCUUCUGUGUUGAUAAUAAAGUUCUCUGCUAAUAA